AAGGCUGCUUGUUGUUCCCGCAGAGAGGCGAGAAGAUGGCGGCCGUGUCAAGCGGAGGUGCUGCUGGGUCCGCUGCGGCCGGGAUUACGCACUCUGCCCGACCGACCCACGCAGGCAUGGGCUCCCAGAACCGAGCCCAGCCACCCUCCGGCAUCAGCCACCCCGGUCGACCCAGCACGGCCACUGGGUGCAUCACCAAUCCUGGCCACACUUCGGCCACCAGGCCCCCGCAAGCCCGUGUGGGCUACUACGAAAUCGAGCGGACCAUUGGCAAGGGAAAUUUCGCGGUUGUUAAACUAGCCACACACACCAUUACCAAAGCAAAGGUAGCGAUAAAAAUAGUGGAUAAGACCCAGCUGGACGAUGAGAAUCUGAAAAAGAUUUUCAGGGAGGUGCAAAUCAUGAAGUUGCUGAAGCACCCCCACAUCAUCCGCCUCUACCAGGUGAUGGAGACAGAGAGGAUGAUCUAUCUGGUAACAGAAUACGCUAGCGGUGGAGAGAUAUUCGACCACCUGGUGGCUCAUGGGCGUAUGGCGGAAAAGGACGCCAGGAAGAAGUUCAAACAGAUUGUUGCAGCUGUCCAUUUCUGCCACUGCCGCAACAUCGUCCACAGAGACCUGAAGGCUGAGAAUCUGCUGCUGGACCACAACCUCAACAUCAAAAUCGCAGAUUUUGGCUUCAGUAACCUGUUUUCUCGAGGACAGCUGUUGAAGACGUGGUGCGGCAGCCCUCCCUACGCCGCACCAGAACUCUUUGAGGGCAAGGAGUAUGACGGACCUAAAGUAGAUAUAUGGAGCUUAGGCGUGGUGUUGUAUGUGUUGGUGUGCGGCGCCUUGCCUUUCGAUGGCAGCACUCUACAAAAUCUGCGAGCGCGCGUCCUUAGUGGCAAAUUCCGCAUCCCCUUCUUCAUGUCCACAGACUGUGAGUACUUGAUCAGACACAUGUUAGUGCUGGAGCCCAGCAGACGGUUGACCAUGGAGCAGAUCUGUAAGAACAAGUGGAUGAGACUAGGAGAUCCAGACCCAGACUUCGACCGGUUGAUAGCGGAGUGUGAGCAGGUGAAGACGGAGAGAGAGACGGAGCUCAUCAAUGAGCAGGUGCUGAUAGCCAUGCAUGACAUGGGCCUGGACCGAGAACGCACACUUCAGUCUCUACAAUCGGAUGCAUAUGAUCACUACAGUGCCAUCUACAGUUUGCUGGCUGACCGCCUCAAGAAACACAAGACCCUGCGUGUUGCCCCGCCCACACCACGCUCCAUUAGCUACCCCCUUAACGCCGUACAGCAGACUGAUCCGCAGGGUAAUCCCGUUAGCAUGACCGUUCCACAUGUCCAGCUCAUCAACCCAGAGAACCAGAUUGUAGAGCCGGAUGGCAGCAUGGCACUGGACAGUGAUGAAGGGGAGGAGCCAUCUCCCGAGGCCAUGGCGCGCUACCUUUCAAUGAGGCGGCACACUGUGGGAGUACCAGACCAAAGGACGGAGAUGCAGGAGGACCUCCAGAAACUGCCACCAGGCUUCACUCGUGGUGCAGUGCCCCAGCCCCCCUUCCCCCAACUGGCCCCCACAAUGAGCCAAAUGCACACUCUCAUGCCCACACAGAGCCUGCAGCCCACACAGCAGCUGGAGUACAAGGAGCAGUCAUUGCUUCAGCCACCUACCCUGCAGCUGCUUAACGGUAUGGGCCCUCUCGGUCGAAGAGCCUCCGACGGCGGAGCCAACAUUCAACUACACUCAACUCAGCUCCUCAAGAGGCCCCGUGGGCCCUCACCACUUGUCGCCAGCCCGCACCCUAUCCCUGCCGUAGCUCCGGUGGAUGAGGAGGGUUCAGACGGAGAGCCAGACCAAGAAGCAGUACAGAGGUACCUGGCGAACCGCUCCAAGCGGCAUACGACGCACGCGCUCACGAGCACAUCGCAUGGCGAGCCCUCGGCAGAGUCACAGCGGUCCCAGGGCCCCCGCCAGAGGGGGGGCUGGGCCCUCGACACACACACCCGAUCGAGCUAUAAGGACUGUAACACCCUUCAUCUCCCCAUGGAGCGCUUCUCACCUGUCAGGCGCUUUUCUGACGGCGCAGCCACCAUCCAGGCCUUCAAGGCUCACCUAGAGAACAGCAGCAUCAUUAAGCAACUCAAACAGGAGUGUGAGCAGCUCCAGAAAAUGUACGCUGCUCAGCAGGAUGAGCGACUCCUGGAGCACACCCAGCAACAGCAUAUCCUCUACCAGCAUGAGCAACAAAUCCUCCACCAGCAAAUCCAGGGUCUGUCUUUAGGCCAUGGAGAGAGCCAGCCCAGUCAUCUAACCCACCAGCUUCAGAGGUUGCAUAUCCAGCCCUCCAGCCCUCCGCCAACACAUCCCAGCAACCACCUCUUCAGACAGCCCGACCAGAGCUCUCCGCCUGGCUCUGCAGGCAUAAUGCAAGGGCAUGGAGGUCCGUCACCAGUGCAGUACCAGCACGGUGCUCCAGCGCUUUAUCAGGGCCCGAGUGGCAGCCCACCUCCCACGGGCAUGCCUCGGGUCUCUAUACCAACCAAUCAACAAGCAGCAUCUGCUCGCCCCACCGUCCCAUUGGCACAGGGUGUACCUCAACAACAGCAGGUGACCAUUCAGGUUCAGGAAGUGGAGCUGGGAGGCGUAGCACAGAGACAGGGUGGCUUUUUGUCCACGCCAGGGCACAGAGUCCUCGGGAAGCAGCUCAGCGCAGACAACGCUGAGACGCACAGUCGCAGCCUUGGCCGCUUCACAUCGGGCUACGACCAGGCUCAGUUCAAUCCCCACCUCUUCUCUGGCGACGCCGCCUCCCGGGGCGUCUCCGGAAUGGUCGGCUCCUACGGCCACUACCUGCAGGGAACCUCCCUCAAAGUCCCUGGCCUGGAGGAUUACCAGAGCGGCACGGUUGGGGUCGGCAGCUACGGACCCCCCUCUACACUACAGCAGGCCCUGCUCUCACCGACUCCUUUGGACUACCGCCCCCAACAACAGCACGUCACUCCCACCCUGCAGGGCCUUCUGUCACCCCGCCACUCUUUAACUGGCCACGCCGACCCCAGGCUGCCGCCCCAAGACCUGGCUGCCCUUCUGAAGAGGCACAGCCCCCGGCCGUGCCAAGCAGCCCCCACACCACCCAGUGGUGCACCCCAAGAGUAUGGAGAGAUGCUGCUUCACUGCCAGCUGAGCCAGGGUGAGAGCUUGGAGCCACCGUCACCGCAGGGUGCCUCCGGAGGCCAACACUACCACCACCUCCUCCAGAUUCGACCCCCGGACGUCCAGCCACAGCAGCACCCAGCCCAGGUACCUUGUCCCAGCUUACCUCACUCUGAGAGCAUGGAGGAGGAUGAGGUGCCGGCUACCUACCACCACCCACACGAGGGCCUCCUGGCCAAGGCAGGAGAUGGCCAUGAGCUGCUGGGGCCUCCCCAAGGAGGCACCCCGCCCUACAGCUCCCCUACACACAGGCAUGGCGGCUACAUAAGGAAUGCUCCAGCAACUAGAGAAUCUGAGCAUGUGGAGUGCAGGCCCCAAGGGCAGGCCAUGGAGGUGCCUGAUCAUAAUGGUGUGGGCUAUUCGCGAGGUCCCACGGGUGACAACUAUAGGUCCCGUGGACAGCUACAGCGCCACCACACCAUCCAGACCUGUGACGACGCCUAUGAUCAGGCAGAGCCCAUGUCGGGAAUGAGCCUGAUGGCCGGGAAGGCACUAAGCUCCGCUCGCAUGUCGGACAUUCUCAGCCAGACGUCACUGACGGGAAGCCAGCAGCUGCACCAGCGGGAAGAUUCAGCGUGUGAUGUGGAAGAGGAGCUCCAUGCGGCAGCCUGCUACCCCUCCUCCUGCACCAGUGACAUGCUCCUCAGCUACAAGCCCCCUGACCUGCAGUACAGCAUGGAGCAGGCUGGGGUCUAGCACAGGAAGGGGUGCAUCCUGUGUACAGCGGUCCAUAUCAGCCAUCCUGAGUUGUGUUGACUUGAGUUGAGCAGCAUCACGCCAAACCACCGUUCUUUGCCCAAACGGGAGCGCUCUACGUCCAUCUGUCUGUCUCCAUCUGUCCUCGAGAGGGCAGUCUGCGCAAGAGAGGGGGAGUGUGGGUGGGUGUAGAUAUCAAAGGGGUGGGGGUUCACAGGUGGGGCCUCGGGAUUCAAAGGUCAAAGUGCCAGCAUUUUUCUGCACAGACAUCCAGCAUUCAUUGCCGCAGGUUGUCUCCUCUUUUCACCUCCCAUCAUGGAUAGAUUUAUGGUUCCACUCCUCCAUCUUUCGACUCGACCCUCCCCUCACCUCCUCCCUGUAAACCUGCACAACCACCCACACCCAUCUGCCGCCCUGACCUGAUCCUCCCCUUUCACCCUUCGUCUUCUAACUGUUGGCAUACUUCAUUAUGUGCCUCAUUGGCCAACGCAUUGAUGCAGUCAUUGUUGUAAGAACAUAGAGUCCAAUAACACAAAGAAACAUGCACACUGCUGCCACAAACCCAAAGUAUUCACAUUAGGUGAGAGUGUGUGUGUGUGUGUGUGCGUGUGUGUGUGUGCGUGCGUGCGUGCGUGUGUGUGUGUGUGUGUGCAUGACUGAGAAGAGGUGAGCGGAGGGGAAAGGUGUCUGUGAGGUUCAGUCUGCUCCUCCAUCUCUCCACCCUCCUGCUGUCCUGCAGCAGAUCAUUCCGGAGCGGGCUGAGAUCUCAGCAGCGGUGGCCCCUUUUCGGCCCGGUGGCGGCAGUUUUGGGUCAGGCUCCAACUGGGCAACAAAACCGCUCUCUCCAAAGAUGGAGCUCAGUGACAUCGCACAGGACAAACCAGCUCUCUCAUUGUGUUUUUUCUUUUCUCUUAAUUGUUCUGGCAUUCAUUUUAUUUUUAAUUUUAAUUUUAAAAUUCAUUUCUACGGCUAAUGUCCAUGUAGGCAUUAUGUUCAAUAUUGUUACUCUUAUUGUUAUUACUGUUUUCUGUAAAAGAGGUUUUAUUAUAAUGAAUAUUAUUAUUAUUAUUAAAGGAAAACAGUUCUGUGUUGCAAGGAAGACAACAUUGUUCUUUGAUUACUUAAGUAAUUCUGCACUUUCGGUUCAAGCUAUCCCCUCUCUGUCUGUUUCCAGCCCUCUUUGCAGUUCCUCGCUCUGUCAUGCUGUUAUCCCGCUUUUAAAAUCCACUCUCCCCCCCCCCCCUUCUAACUUUCCCUACCUUGGGUUACCCCCUUUGCUCCAUCCUCCUUGCCCAUGUCAGUAACAGUGUAUUGCAUUGUGGGUAGUUUUACCAGACAUUUGCUCCUUUCCUUGUACAGUGAUGCCAUGUAUAGAACGCUAUUGCAACUUCUGUAUCAAAUACUUUCUUUUUUGUUACUUUCUUUUUGUUUUUAGAUGUUGGGGAGGCUUUUUUUUAUAUUGGUAUUGUUUAACAUUUGUAUUUUGGAUGUCUUCAAAAAUGUUUUCUUUUUGUUUGUUUUAUGAAUCUUGAGAUUUCUAGCCAAAAGAGGACAGAGAGAAGAGACGAUCUUUCUGUGUCGUAAAAAAGAUUGUUCUUAUUUGUUUUAAUAUUAUUAUAUCGAGACACUUGAAUAAGAGGAGAGUAAUUAUUUUUGUGUUGCUUUUUAAAGUAUCAUUUCAAUCGAUGUUGUGACUGUCAUUCUUGUUGAUGUUGGGCCUGUUUUCUGUUAACGGGGCAGUUGUGGCAGGCUAUACAGGGUCAGGCUUUGGUCUUUGUCUGGGUUGGUUCGGGUGCUACAGAGACUUGACAUUCAAAAAAAAAAAAAAGAGACAAAACAAACACCAAGGGAAUAACUUGUAAUAUAGCUGACAUAUCAUCCUAAACAUCCCAAGUGUGGAGAUGAACAAACCCACUCCUGUGUCUCGCUGCCCUACCUAUCUGCUGUGAUCCUCCGGCCAUCUUUUACUACAUUGGCUUCUGAUCGGACGACGCCUUACGGACACGGCGCCUCCUCCCAGGCUAAGCUUGUUACUAUGGCAACCAGUGAGGAAACUACGACUCGACCUCCUCGCCCUCCUUUUUGGUUUUCUUUAACUCAUGUCGUUUCGGCCCUGGAAGGAAAGAUCGGAGGAGGUGAAGACUGCGUUUCAUGAACAGUUAAUGGAUCUUGUUGUAGUUGGAUACAUCUAGACACACCUUCAAACAUUCAAA